AUGACUCGUUAUCAUCGCAUUGCGAGCUCAAUGGAUCAAUCCUACGAUGAAGUGUGGGAUGUGGACCCAUACGAACAAGACGACUUGGUUAUCAAAGACGAGUUUGAUGAGGGCAGGUCGCAAAAUGGUCCCAUUUGUUUCACAGAGGCAGAAACGGAAUUAAUUCUGGACCGUUACGUGGAAAGUUACGAAAUAUAUCAUCACACUAUGACCGGCGGGUCAAGGGAAGGGGUCCCGUUCAGAGCACUACGCGACCAGCCACCAGCCUCGGAAAAUGCGCAUGGAAGCUUUGAGCAGGAAACACCUGCGCAUGGAAAAAGUCUGCAGAAGGAACACAAUUCCCAAGGAAGAGCCCCAUACAAGGAAGAACUCAGAAUAGAGCGCGACAAUCUUAUUCUGAAGAAUGAGCUCCUCCGAAAGAAAAUCAUGCGCAACGAGUGCGGAGCUGCUUUUUCCACGAGAAGAGGAUUGACAAUACACUUGAACUCCAAGCAUCGCGGAACGGUUGAUGUUGCUAGGACUGCAGAACAGGAAAGUCGCACUCCAACUUUGAAGUGUUGCCUUUGUGAAGGCGCUUUCAAAACGCAAGAAGAACUCAGUCAGCACUGUGGUAGGGAACACACCGAAGAUUCUGAAAGACCUCAAGAUUAUACAGUGCAUAGGAUGUCCUUUUCAAGUUCGGAAGAAUACAAGGUCGGCAACCAUAUUUACGAUAGAUACUCACAAAAAGAAUGGUUUGGAAGAAUGUGUGAGGUGCACUGCAGUUCAUUUUUCUGCAGGUCGAGUGGAGCGAACCAGAAAGAAACUGUUUAUGAGCUAUUAUGCAGGUGCAACCGUUGUGGUGAAGGCAGAUCUCAGGGUGAACAGCGUAUUCGUAUAACCAAGAAAGUUCAUCCUUAUUGCUCUGCUUUUGCGAACGUGCAUUUCAAUGAAGACGAUACUGUUUCCGUGGUAGCAUGCUUUGGUCACAUUGGGCACGACCUCGAUCCGGCCCUACUUCGGUGGACUGACGAUCAAAUAGAGUAUCUGAAGCUCAUGCUACAAGAGUUUUCAACAGAUUACAUAGUACACAAAAUGAGGAAGGAUCACGAAUCCAAAGACUCUAAGUUGUACUUCAUAACAAAAAGAGAUCUCUGGAAUAUUAUGGCUAAGUACAACCUAAACCCCGGACAGCGCGAUAGAGAUGAUCUCACAUCUCUGAGAAUGAGGGAGGAAGAAAGAAAUCCCGAUGACGGGAUACGUUUCUUCAAAAUGCCGGACGAUCCAACUGGAAAAGUCAUCAUCACGCCUCUCCAGCAGAAGUGGCUGGAACAGUAUGGCCAUAGGGGCAUCUCGGUCGACGACACUCACAACGUCACCAGAUAUGCCUUGAAGUUGGCGACUGUAAUGGUUGUUGACGAGCGUGACCGGGGCCUACCCGCAGCUUUCUUGCUGUCGGGUGAGAUGACUUCAAGAGAAGUGGCGAUACUUUUCGAUGAAGUCAAACGGGUGCCCAACUUUGCCCCAAGGUCACUGGUGACAGAUGAAGCCUUAGCUUUCUACAAUGGCUUCAUGCUCUCUUUCCCAAACAAGAUGUGGACCAUUUCUUGUGCAGGUUUCAUAUCCUGCAAUCCUGGAAACGCAAAACAAAGGAGUGUGUCAAGAAAGACCUACAGAGAAGGCAUUAUCGGAGCCUUCAGAAAUCUGCUUCGUAUUGGCGAUGAAGCAACUUUUUACGCAAAGCUCACUGAGAUUUUGACGCACCUCCGAGUCAAAGGCUGUUCGCGUCUGAUUCAGUACCUUCAACGCGAAUAUCUUGGACCCGAAAUCAAGCAAUGGGCUGCGUUUGAACGAAGGGGUGUGGUAACUUCGAUGUUUGGAGAGAGAUGGCACCUUCGAAUUAAACAAGAGAAGCUCAAAAGGAAGGCAAAUGCAAGAGUAGACUACGUUGCGGAUGUCUUGAUUAAGGCCGUAGAAGAAUUGGCGGUAGAGUUCGAGAUAACG